UGCGCGUGCGCUGGUCUUGACACUAGCUGGAAAUACAGUGAAUAAUCUAUAGGUAAAGUGUAGUAAGUGCAGAAAAAUGGAAUUUCACACUACAUCUGACGGAAAGUACAGAAUAGAAGUCCUUACGGCUGCUACUUUCUCUGGUGCUUUAAAAGUGAUAAGAGAAGGUUUUUGUCAAGAUGAAGCGGUGUGUAUUGGGAGUGAAGUAAACAAGAAUCCUGUAGCAGCUGAAGAGUUGCUGGAGUUAUGUGCAGAUACAGCGCUGGACGGUGUCUCUCUGGUUGCUGUGGCAACGGAUAGUGGAGAAGUGGUUGCGGUUGCUUUCAACAAACUACAGGUGGCAGUAAUAGAUUCUUCGGAGAAGCCGUUUUUCGAGAUAUUCGCUGAAGAACGAUGCACGCAGGAGUCGGCGAAAUCCUUGAUCCAGUUCAUGGCAGAGGUCGACGGGAAAUGCAACCUUUUUCAAAAGUACGGCACAGACUGCAGUUUAGAAAUCAUGUUUCUGGCAACACAACGCGAACACAGAAGACACAGAUUGGGGGAACUUCUAUGCAAAUAUUCGAUAGACGUAGCAAAAAAACUAAAAGAUGGUCCAAUAUCCAAAAUGGAUGUACAGGACCUUGGACCAGCAUAUUCAGAAAUGAAACCCAGAAAACCAACUUCUUUGACCCCAAAAAUCUGCCAAGCUAUUUGGACGGCGGAACCCACCCAAAAAAUUGGUAAAAAACUGAACUUUACUGUUCAUUUAACUGUGACCUACGACAGAUUCGUAUAUAAUGGUAAAUCGUAUGCUGAAAGACUUGGCACGAUAGCCUCUUAUUGUGAAGUGGCAGCUCUUUUACUUUAAAUGAAUCCUAUUUUAUUUGAAAUUAUGUAUUAAUAUUUUGCAUACAAACCGGGCGAGCUAGCUGCGCACUUCGCUGGAAUGCGACUCUUCCUCGCAUUUACCCGCACACCUUAAGGUUCGGUCAAACCAACGCGAUCAUUUAAGUCUGGUCGCUUUCGCUGCACGCCGGCUGAUCGCGUGUGAUCGCGUUGGUUUGGCCGAACCUUUAAAUGCAUUGAUCGCCAUCGCUGCACGCCGGCUGAUCGCGUGUGAUCGCGUUGGUUAGACUGAACCUUUACCGCGUUCGCCUCGUCCAUACCAGAACUUCGAUGUGACGUCACUGCUGCCAGGUGCGCAGUUAAAUUGAUCGGGUUGUAAAUCCCCAUGAUUAACUAAACUAAGAAUAGUAACAGUUACAAUUUUUGCGGCUGACUAAGGUUGUAUUAAUCUAAUUAAUUUUCUUGUAAAAUAAAGUCCUUUCUAAACUAU